AUGUCCUCAAUUGAUGCCGACACGCCACUUCCCUCAACUGAGGGUAUCACGGAAACUAACUCCAGUCCACCUUCCAACAGGCACCGCACUCCUUCUGUCUCUCUUACCCCUCCUGGCGGGACCAGGGAAGAGACUCAUGGACUCACAUCUGCCAUCCACAACAUUCGUCUCUCCGACACAAAUGGACACGCAUCUCUCUCGCCCGAACCAAGACGUUCUAGAAAUGGUACUCCCCGAAGACGGCGUUCAAGCACUGGGGCGGUUCAGCAGCACGAUGUCGCCGACGAAGAACUCCCUGAUGAUGCAUUCCAUUCUCCCGAAUUCCAAGGAGCUUUCCGAGAUGCAAAGCAGCUAAUGUCCAACAUUCAAUCUGUGCUGGGAAGCUCGAACAUCCACGAAGCGUCUGAGUCAACUAUGCGAAAGCUUCAUGAAGAUGCUGGCAAGCUCGCGGCGUUUGAGUACCCGGCAACUCGUACCGUUGGAUUCGUAGGCGACUCUGGUGUUGGCAAAAGUAGUCUGCUCAAUUCACUCCUCGAUAUAAAAGGGCUUGCCAGGACUAGCAACAAUGGCGAGGCCUGCACCUGUGUUGUGACAGAGUACCGUUAUCACAAUCUUGACACGCUGGACAUUCGAGUCAAUCUGUUCUCGAUGGAGGAACUCGGAGAUCAACUUGGUAGACUCCUUCAAGUUUACCGCACGUUUGAACUUCAUCAGGAUGAGAUUACUGAUGCCGCUGAACGUCAAGACAUGGAAGCAAAUGCAAAGGUGGCCAAGGAUACGUUUCGAGCCAUGUUUCGUGGUCGACUGACUGAUGAGGCAUUUCUGAUUCGUGAGACAUACGAGAAUGUGCUCGAAAGACUGACUAGCUGGGCAUCUGAUGCAAGGCCGCCUUUGAGAACUUGGACAGGUCUCUCGCCGCAAGCUUGCUCCGAUGUUUUGAUGGAGCUCUCUUCUGAACCGGCAUCGAGAGAUUCCCCAGCGACGUGGCCCUACAUCCGAAGCAUCAAGGUCUUUUUGAAUGCGCAUAUCCUCAGUCGAGGCUUGAUCCUUGUUGAUCUACCCGGCCUUCGCGAUCUCAACUCUGCUCGAAGGUACAUCACUGAACGCUACCUCCUGGAGUGCAACGAGAUCUUUGCAAUCUGCAACAUCGGACGCGCAGCCACUGACGAGGGUGUUCAUCAAGUUUUUGACUUGGCUGAUCGUGCUCGUCUGUCGAAUGUCGGCAUUGUCUGUACUCGAUCUGAUGACAUCGACCCGGAAGAGUCAAUCAGAGACUGGCCAGGCAGAAGGGCAAGACAUAUUGAGCAGCUGUUGGAGCAUAUCGAAACGGCUACCAAGGAGAUAGCGGAAUUACAGGCAGAAAUCGAGGAUUUUAGGGCGAGUGAUCUAUCUGAACAAGAAAGACAGGAAUUUGCAGAAUGCUUGGAGGAGCAACGACAAGCAAGCGCUCGCAAACAAAACUACGAGUUUGAACUCAAAGCAUAUCUGAUCACAAACCGCAAUCGGAUCAUCACCGACUCACUCAACACCACCUACGCCGGCCGCGUGACACCCUCCAGAGUCUUUUGCGUGAGCAACACAAUCUACUGGCAGAACAGAACUGCCAGAAAGUCAGAGGCCAAGCGACAUCUCGACCUCAGUGGCAUCCUGCAAGUCCGAAAACACUGCAUCUCGAUUGUCGCAAACAGCCAACGACGCAUCGCUACACAGUACAUGAAAGAUCAGAUUCCGGCGUUGAUUGCUGACAUUGAGCUCUGGGUCCAAUCUGGAGCUCGGACUGCGAGUGAGGAACGUCGCGAAGCACUCUGCCAGACCCUAGACAGUGUUGAGCGUCGUCUGAGGAAGGACUUUACAUCGCGCGCUUUUAGUCGUCUAGCAAGAGGAUACAACGAAGACUUUGGGGAAUACAUUUGGAACAAUCGUCACGUUUCUUCAUGGAGCCGGUCAGCUACAAGUGCAAGCCAGGAUUGGGCAGGGUGGCAUCACGGUUCUUAUUCUGCAUUCUGUCGAAAUUUUGGGAACUAUUGUACCCCUGCGAUCGGAUCACGAAAUUGGAACGAGGAGGCGAUGGGCGAGAUGGCCAGUGAUCUUGAACGGCCCUGGGAGGAAAUGUGCGGUGCCCUACAGGAACGACAGUUGAAUAUGCUAGAGAGUGCCGACGAAUUCGCAGACAUGGCUAUGGAGAGACUUGAAGAGCAUGAUUCCGUCGAUUCUUUAACUCGGGCUCUUGAAAACCGCCAGAAUAUGUUCCUGGCUGCUAUCGAGAAAGUCAAUGACGACUUUGAGAACAACCUCAGAAUCCUCCGCAUCGAGUCACUUUCCGCCCUUCGAAGCUCACUCUUCGGGAAGUCAAUGGAACCCUUCUACAACAGGUGCAACGCCGAAUCUGGCCGAGGAAGUGAUGCUCGUCGAAAGGCAAUCAUCAGAGGAGCUUUGAGCGAUCAAGAUUUGUUCACCAAGCUCAUGGGAAGCCUCAAAGAUAGUUUCAAGGCCACUUCAGAGGCUACUCAGGUGAAGAUACAGGAAGCGACCGUGGAGUAUCUGCGCGUCAUUGAGCAACGGUUUGAUCUCGUGCGGAGUGAGAACGUCGCUCGGGAAAGCGAGCAGGAUCCAGACUUUCGACUUCGUGUUGAACAGAUUGCGCGAGCUGGAAGGGAGACUAUGCACAGGGUUCACCAAGUUAUCUGA